UGAUGUUGUAACAGACAGAGAAAAAGAAUGAAUGAGGGAGGCAGGGUGACAGCAGCAGGACGAAUGACAUAAGGGUCUGGGUGUUGAGAUUUUGUGGGUGUUGAGGUCCAAAACGUGUCCCACAUCCUUGGGGAAAGGACUUUGCAGCAGGAAGGGAGGGCUACCCGGCUCUCCCAGGGUGUUGCAAGAGAGCUGACCAAUGCAAAAUAAGGUAUAAGAAUAAGGCCAGCAGCAGCAGUCUGGAAGGAUCCAACACGGUGGGAGUGGCACACGGCGUGUGUGUAUGUUGCUGAGCUACCUCCCUCUCCAGCUACAUCCUGUGCGUGGUGGACUGUAUCAGAGAGAGAGAGUGAGAGUGUGUGUGUGUGUGUGUGAUUUUUGGAUGCUGUGCAGUUGCUUUGCUGUGAAAUGCUCUUUUGGUUAAAAGAAGAAGAGAUGUCGCAUCAGGAGCUAACCCAGCGACUGGCUACGGUCAUCACUCAUGUGGAUGAAAUCAUGCAACAGGAGAUUAGGCCCCUUGUUGCCGUGGAUAUCAUAGAACAGCUUCACCGUCAGUUUGCUAUUCUGUCAGGUGGAAGAGGGAAAGAUGGGGCGCCGAUCAUCACCUUCCCCGAAUAUGCAGGCUUCAGUGAGAUCCCUGAUGAAGAUUUCCUGAAUGUCGUGACAUAUUUAACUAGCAUUCCCAGUCUGGAGGCUGCCAGCAUUGGAUUCAUCAUCAUCAUAGACAGACGGCGGGACAAAUGGAGCGCAGUCAAGGCAUCCCUCACGCGAAUAGCAGGAGCAUUUCCCGGGAACCUGCAGUUGGUGUUUGUCCUGCGACCAUCCCGUUUCAUCCAAAGGGCAAUCGCUGACAUUGGCAUCAAACUAUAUCGCGAUGACUUUAAAAUGAAGGUACCGGUAAGCACUUUUU